AAGCAAGGGGAGGGGAAGAAAGAAAGACUUCAUGACAUUAAAACUCAUUCAUUAAUUCAAACGAGAAACCGAACGACGGCUACAACAUCAAAACCCUCGCCGCGUAUUAACUCGAGCAGAAUUCAACUUUAAAAUAUAUAUACAGCUGGAGAUAAUACGUUUAUUUUGUGUUAUUUUUAUUUAGAAAACACUAUUAUUUGUACUCUAAAGAAAACUGCAAAACGCAUCGCAGUAGUGGUGAAAAAGCCGUGCGCGUGAAACAUCUGAUCCUCACGUUACUUCCACUCGCUCUGCGUUUGACUUGUUGGCGGGGCGUUGGUGCCUUGGACUUUUUUUUCCUCCUUCUCUUCUCUUCUUCGCGGCUCGGUCCACUACGCUGCUCGAGCGGAAUCUGCUUUAUUCGACCACACUACCCCUAAAGUAACACAUUAAAAUGGCCGGAUCAAACAGCAUCGAUGCCGUUAAGAGAAAAAUCAAAGUUUUACAACAGCAAGCAGAUGAGGCAGAAGAAAGAGCCGAGAUUUUGCAGAGACAGGUCGAGGAGGAGAAGCGUGCCAGGGAGCAGGCUGAGGCUGAGGUGGCUUCUCUGAACAGGCGUAUCCAGCUGGUUGAGGAAGAGUUGGAUCGUGCUCAGGAGAGACUGGCCACAGCCCUGCAAAAGCUGGAGGAAGCUGAGAAGGCCGCAGAUGAGAGUGAGAGAGGGAUGAAGGUGAUUGAGAACAGGGCUCUGAAGGAUGAGGAGAAGAUGGAGCUGCAGGAGAUCCAGCUUAAGGAGGCCAAGCACAUUGCUGAGGAAGCUGACCGCAAAUAUGAGGAGGUGGCGCGUAAGCUGGUGAUCGUUGAGGGAGAGUUGGAGCGUACAGAGGAGAGAGCAGAGCUUGCAGAGAGCCAUGUCAAGCAGAUGGAAGAGGAGCUGAGAGCUCUUGACCAGACACUGAAGACUCUCCAGGCCUCAGAGGAGAAGUAUUCCCAGAAGGAGGACAAGUAUGAGGAAGAAAUCAAGAUCCUCACUGAUAAGCUGAAGGAGGCUGAGACCCGUGCUGAGUUUGCUGAGAGGUCUGUGGCCAAACUGGAGAAAACCAUUGAUGAUUUGGAAGAGAAACUGAGAGAUGCUAAAGAGGAGAACAUCAAGAUCCAUGCCACUUUGGACCAGACCCUGAGCGAGCUCAAUAGUUUCUAAAGAAGACCUGGAGCAGAAAAAAAGGCCUUUUCUUCCCUUCUUGAAUCCCUCAUCUCAUUUGGUUUCUUUGUUUCUGCACAUCUGAUUCUCCCUUUUUUUUCUUCUCUUCCUCUGCUGGAGGAUAAGCUCACCAAGCCAACCAGCAAAAAUGUGGUGCCUCAAUUUUUCCAAACUACUAUCCCAAGUGAUUUGAGAAAUUAUCUACUACGGUACUCCUCAAGAGUCAAAUGUUGACCUCGGGGAGCCUUUUUUUGGUAUUGCUCCAUGAUCAGAGCUUUACGAUUUAGUGUUUUCCGCAUAUCAGCCCAAACUCUCAAUGAUAAUUUUACUGGAGGCUGAUUUUUGUAACAUUUUGUGCCAUAAAAGCCUUGUUGGCGGUCUAUUGCUUGGCUUUAGAUCAUUCUCAAGCCAUUUUUUCCUGUUGUUGAUUUGACACAGGUUGUUUUUGCUGGUCUUGUUGGUGCCUGGUCCACUGCUGUCCUCUUCACACCUCUUCUUUUUUUUUUUCCAUCCUGCACAAGUUUCUGCUGCUUAGUCGGCAUCACCGGUUUUGGGACCAAAACCACAUCAUGUGGUCUGUAACAGUAUGCACAACCAUGCCGUGAGGACCAAUUUGUUUUAUUAUUGUUAUUAUUAUUAAAAGCCUUUGCUUCCAUUCGGAGUUUGUUUUUUUGAGUAAUAUAUGUAUUCAUUAUUUGGGUCGAAUCCCCUUGCUUUUUAACACAAAUGUUUUGCAAACCACUAUUUGAAAUGCUGCACUGUUAUGGGCUUAUGGUGAGCAGAUGAGGCCAAGUCAUGGUUUCUUCAUUAAUAUUUUUUUUUUCAUUUGCUUUAAAGAGCCAUAUUCUACCCAGGGAAGAAAGGUUGAAGUUGUUUUUUUUGUUGUUUUUUUUUACCGCAAGUUCAAAGCAGUGGCACUGCCAGAUUUAAAAGGUCCAAAAGCCGUGCAGAUCUAAAAUAUGUAUUAUGAACACAGUAAAUGGGAGCGAAAUGUAACACUUAAUAGUAUACAAAUUUAAGAAAAGGGGGUGAACACAUAGUUUUAACUGGAAAAAGCCCACAAUGAUGUGUAAUCACUUUGUUACUGUCUGUAUCUUGUGUAAUGAUACCUAAAUUCUUUUUUUUAAAUAAAAACCAUGAUUUUUACUGUCAUAGAA